GGCUGCCAUAUCGCGGUUGGCCGCAGGGGGAGCCGGGCUCGGGUGUUCAACCCCCCGCCACACCGAGUUCCUGAGGCGCGGGUGGUGGUCUCGUUCGUUGGACGAACCCGGUGGGGAGGAGAGCGUGAGCACGGACGGGCCCGCCCUCACCUUCCCUCCGACAGCACACUCGAGCCCGGCCGCCGGAACCUCGGUGUCGCAGCCCUUGCGGCCGGGCGGAGGAUGAGGGGCGACGGCGCCAGCGAUACAGGAAGCGGAAACUAUUCGCGUUUUCGAUGGGUAUCAGCGGAGCGGGCAGCACAGGCGAGGAAAGUGGCCGUUUCCAUGGAGACGCAGCUUCAAAGCAUCUUCGAGGAGGUGGUGAAAACUGAAGUAAUUGAGGAAGCAUUUGCUGGUAUGUUUAUGGACACAGCUGAAGAUGAAAGAACCAAGCUGAUCAGUUGUCUCGGAGCAUUUAGACAACUCUGGGUGACACUCCCUCAGGAAUCACAUGAACAGUGUGUGCUGUGGAUUGUUCGCUUCAUCCAUGGACAACACAAUCCCAAGAGGAUUUCCUUUCUGUAUGAUUGCUUGGCUAUGGCAGUUGAAAGUGGACUGCUACCACCCAGACUGGUCUGUGAAUCCCUAAUCAAUUCUGAAAGUCUGGAAUGGGAGAGAAUGCAGCUUUGGGCUCUAACAUUUAAACUGAUUCGAAAAAUAAUAGGAGGUGUUGACUACAAGGGUGUAAGAGAUCUGUUGAAAGCAAUUUUAGAGAAAAUGCAAACUAUUCCCAACACCGUCAGCUCCGCUGUUGUACAGCAGUUGCAAACAGCCAAAGAUGUUGUGGCAUAUAUCCUGGACAGGAAUGCUUGUCUUUUGCCCGCAUAUUUUGCAGUUACUGAGAUUAGGAAGCUUUAUCCUGAAGGAAAAUUGUCUCAUUGGUUGCUGGGCAACUUGGCUUCUGAUUUUGUGGACAGCUUUAGACCCACGGCACGAAUAAACUCCAUAUGUGGACGUUGCAGUCUUUUGCCUGUAGUGAACAACUCCGGUGCAAUCUGUAACUCCUGGAAAUUGGAUCCAGCAACACUUCGUUUUCCUUUGAGAGGACUCUUGCCCUAUGACAAGGACCUUUUUGACCCACAGACUGCCCUCCUGAGAUAUGUUUUAGAACAGCCUUAUUCCAGAGAUAUGGUCUGCAACAUGCUAGGUCUAAACAAACAGCACAAACAACGUUGCCCAGUUUUGGAAGACCAGCUUGUGGAUUUAGUGGUUUAUGCUAUGGAGCGCUCAGAGACAGAAGAAAAAUUUGAUGAUGGAGGCACCAGUCAGUUAUUGUGGCAGCACCUCUCCAGUCAGCUCAUUUUCUUUGUCUUGUUUCAGUUUGCUAGCUUCCCACACAUGGUGUUAUCACUUCAUCAAAAGCUGGCAGGCCGAGGUUUAAUAAAAGGGCGAGACCAUCUGAUGUGGGUUUUAUUACAGUUCAUCUCUGGUAGUAUUCAGAAGAAUGCGCUGGCUGACUUCCUUCCAGUGAUGAAGUUGUUUGACCUUCUGUACCCAGAGAAAGAAUGUAUUCCAGUACCUGACAUUAGCAAACCACAGUCAACUCAUGCUUUUGCUAUGACUUGUAUCUGGAUACAUCUCAACAGGAAGGCACAGAAUGAUAAUUCCAAACUGCAGAUACCCAUCCCUCACUCUCUCAAACUCCACCAUGAGUUUUUACAACAAAGUUUGAGAAAUAAAAGCCUACAGAUGAAUGAUUACAAGAUUGCCUUGCUGUGCAAUGCUUAUUCCACUAAUUCCGAAUACUUUACAUUACCAAUGGGAGUAUUGGUUGAAACAAUAUAUGGGAAUGGAAGCCUGAGGAUAUCUCUUCCAGGAACAAAUUGCACAGCUUCAGGGUCUAUUACCCCCUUGCCUAUGAACUUGCUGGAUUCACUAACAGUUCAUGCCAAAAUGAGCCUCAUUCACAGUAUAGCUACAAGGGUGAUCAAACUAGCUCAUGCUAAAUCAAGCCUAGCAUUAGCUCCUGCUCUGGUAGAAACUUACAGUCGUCUUUUAGUUUAUAUGGAGAUCGAAUCCCUUGGAAUUAAAGGUUUUAUCAGCCAGCUUUUACCAAAUGUUUUCAAGUCACAUGCCUGGGGGAUCUUACACACUCUGCUGGAGAUGUUUAGCUACCGCAUGCAUCAUAUCCAGCCCCACUACAGAGUACAACUAUUAAGUCAUCUUCAUUCUUUGGCAGCAGUGCCACAUACCAAUCAGAAUCAACUUCACCUAUGUGUUGAAAGCACCGCUCUCCGGCUCAUCACUGCUUUGGGCAGUUCUGAAGUCCAGCCCCAGUUUACUCGGUUUCUCAGUGACCCCAAAACAGUUCUAUCUGCAGAGUCUGAGGAACUUAACAGAGCACUAAUUCUUACUCUAGCUAGAGCAACACAUGUAACCGACUUUUUUACAGGGUCAGAAUCUAUACAAGGUACCUGGUGUAAAGACAUUCUACAGACAAUUAUGGUUUUCACCCCUCACAACUGGGCUUCCCACACUCUCAGCUGUUUUCCAGCUCCAUUACAGGCCUUUUUUAAACAAAACAACGUACCUCAGGAAAGCCGAUUUAACUUAAAAAAGAACGUGGAAGAAGAAUAUAGGAAGUGGAAAUCCAUGACCAAUGAGAACGAUAUCAUUACUCAUUUCUCCAUGCAGGGUUCUCCACCACUUUUCCUCUGUCUACUGUGGAAAAUGUUGUUGGAGACUGAUCACAUUAAUCAGAUUGGCUACAGAGUAUUGGAGAGAAUCGGAGCUAGAGCUUUGGUAGCUCAUGUUCGAACAUUUGCAGAUUUCCUCGUUUAUGAAUUUUCAACCUCUGCUGGAGGGCAACAGUUGAACAAAUGCAUUGAAAUCCUCAAUGAUAUGGUGUGGAAGUACAACAUUGUCACUUUGGACAGACUGAUUUUGUGCUUAGCUUUGCGAAGCCACGAGGGGAAUGAAGCCCAAGUCUGUUACUUCAUUAUUCAGUUGCUGCUGUUAAAACCAAAUGAUUUUAGGAAUAGGGUGAGUGACUUUGUGAAAGAAAACUCUCCAGAGCAUUGGCUGCAGAAUGACUGGCAUACAAAACACAUGAGCUACCAUAAGAAAUAUCCUGAGAAGCUGUAUUUUGAAGGCUUAGCUGAACAGGUGAAUCCUCCUGUGCAGAUUCAGCCUCAAUAUCUGCCCAUUUAUUUUGGAAAUGUCUGCCUUCGAUUUUUGCCUGUAUUUGAUAUUGUAAUCCACAGAUUCUUAGAAUUACUUCCAGUUUCAAAGUCUUUGGAAACACUUCUUGAUCAUUUAGGAGGCCUGUACAAGUUUCAUGACCGACCUGUGACGUAUUUGUACAACACUCUUCAUUACUAUGAGAGACAUCUGAGAGACCGUACAAAUCUUAAACGCAAGCUUGUUCAUGCAGUUAUUGGUUCUCUAAAAGAUAACCGUCCACAGGGCUGGUGUUUAAGUGAAACCUAUUUGAAAUCUGCUAUGAAUGCACGUGAGGAUAAUCCAUGGGUUCCUGAUGACACGUACUACUGCAAAUUGAUUGGUCGAUUAGUGGAGACUAUGGCAGGAAAAUCACCUGGUCCAUUUCCGAACUGUGACUGGAGAUUCAAUGAAUUUCCUAACCCAGCAGCACACGCCCUCCAUGUUACAUGUGUGGAACUUAUGGCAUUAUCUGUAUCAGGGAAGGAAGUUGGAAAUGCACUUCUAAAUGUUGUUCUUAAGAGUCAACCUUUGGUACCAAGAGAAAAUAUUACAGCUUGGAUGAAUGCAAUUGGACUUGUAAUUACUGCAUUACCUGAGCCCUACUGGAUAGUAUUGAAUGAUCGCAUUGUGAGUGUUAUCAACAGUGCUACACUGACCUCGGAUACAGAAUGGGUUGGCUAUCCAUUCCAACUCUUUGAUUUCACAGCUUGCCAUCAGUCUUAUUGCGAGAUGUACUGCAGCUAUGUUCUAGCCUUGGCCCAUGCUGUAUGGCACCAUUCAAGUAUUGGACAGCUUUCUCUUAUCCCCAAAUUUCUCACGGAAGUGCUGAAACCAUUAGUGAAGACAGAAUUCCAACUGUUGUAUGUAUAUCAUCUAGUCGGGCCUUUUCUGCAACGGUUCCAGCAAGAAAGGACUCGGUGCAUGCUUGAGAUAGGCAUAGCGUUUUAUGAGAUGCUACAGAAUGUAGAUCAAAACAGCAAACAUUUGAGCUAUAUGGACCCCAUUUGCGACUUCCUAUACCAUGUAAAGUACAUGUUUACAGGAGAUAGUGUGAAGGAUCAGGUGGAAAAAAUUAUCUGUACGUUAAGGCCAGCUUUAAGACUCCGGCUACGUUUUGUGACUCACAUAAGCAAAGUGGAACCAGCAGCUCCAGUACAACCAACAAGCAGUGCUUCACCAGCCAUCAGUUCCAACCAGGUCUCCACAGGUGUUGCUCUACCAGUAACACAAUAAGAAGAUGCGGGUCGCAUUUUAUUUUGGUGGUAAAAAUGUUGUGAUGUAAUAUAUUAUUUAGUAUUUAAGACCAAAUCCUGCAAUAAGGCCUCUUGAAAUAUUGUACUUAUUCACAUUGUCAAAUAAACAAUGACACUGACCAAGAAGGAGUGUUAACUACAUGUAUUCUGCAGAAGUUUCUUUUCCUACGACUUAAUCUUGUUCGAGAUGGCUCUAGGUUCCAUUAAAGUAAACCAAAAUGAACUGUCUUCCUUGCUGAUUAACAAUGAGGAAAUAUAGAUCCUAAUGUUUUAUACUAAAUAUAUUUGUUUAUGUUGGUGAUGCUUUUUAUUAUUUUUCUCCACACAAUGAAAUGGUUUUUAUUUAAAACUGAAGACAACUUUAUUCUUAUUUUGUAUUAACUUGCCUACUAUUCAUAUAAUUUUACUCCUAGACUAUAACCACUGACGUACAAUAGUUCGACCAAAAGUGAGUGUUCCAAAACACCCAUGGCAUGUUGAUGCACCUUCUGAAGUAAUCCUGAUCUAAUGUUAGUUGCACCCUUUCUACCAAGAUUCAGUCCAUGUUUUAAGUUUCAGAUUCUUGAAGCUUUACUUUGGGAUAUAAACUGGUCUCCUAACAGACUUUAAACAGAUUUAUUGAGCAAAGUUACAUGUCCAAAUGGAAGUCAAUCCAUAUUUAUUAAUGGUGUGCUUUUUAUAUGUGCUUCAACUUCUAUAAUAAGAAUGUGAAAAAAUAUUUGUCUACUGGCCUUAAAUUAUUACUGUAGUUAAGAAUUUGAGUGCUUUUAUUGAAUCAUUCAGGCAGACGGCAUGGAAACAGCCACUGAGUACACACUGGCAAUCAAACAUCCAUUUACUCUAAUCUCAUUUUAUUCUCUUUGUGUUCCUGUAAACUUCCCAGAUUCUAGCAAUCCCCAACAUUAGGCACAAUUUACAGUAACUCAUUUAUCUACCAACUGGCUUGCUUUUGAGAUGUGGGAGGAAAUUGGAGCACCCAGAGGAAACCAAUACAGUUAGAGGAAAAACAUCCAAACUCCAUUCAUGUCAUCGCAGAGGUCAGGAUUAAUCCUCGGUCUCUUGGGCUGUGAGGUAGCAGUUUCAUUAGCUCCGUGCCACCUAAUUAAACUCUAAUUUGUAUUCAGACAUGAUAUUCUUCAAACAAAUAAAUCUUACUGUAUCAUCCAGUUAAUAAUCUUAGUGACUGAUAGAACUACUGCAAAAGUGAGUUGAAGUACAAAUAUCCUGGCCAUUUUUAAAAAUCAGCUGUGAAAUAUUGAAAUUUUGAUAGUCCAUACAUUUAUUUUGUUAAAAUGAGAUUGUUGAGGAUUUGCAGAUUUUUUUUUGAGGUUAAAUUUUAGCCAAUUUACUUAAAUUGAUUGACUGACUUGCAUUGCAUGUGAAUUUGAGUGUUUGACAUCAUGAAGAUGUAAACACUGUUACUUCAGUUUGUUCUUCAACAAUUAAAAAUGUACAGUAUUGUGAUAAUAAAGUGUGUCAAUCAUUGUUAA